AUGGCGCAGCAGGAGCCAGUAGAAGAACAGGUUCUCUCAUUCUACCGUCGCAAGAACUAUUACCCCGUCAAGAUUGGCGAAGCCUUCAAUGGUCGAUUUCGAGUGAUCGCAAAACUUGGCUAUGGUGGAUACUCGACUGUUUGGCUUGCAAGAGAUAAUAGGACAAAAGAAUAUAAAACGCUCAAGGUUACUGUGCAAACUGAUAAUGUCCUGCGGGCUUCAAUACCCCCUGUGCUCAAUGAAGUCAACAUGCUCAAGCACCUGAAGUCGGCUGCGGUAGAAACCAAAGAGAUCAACCACCCAGGAGUGGAUUUCAUACGGUUUGCCGAAGAGAUCCUGGAGAUUGAUAGUCCAGUAACUGGUGGUCGUCAUUACUGCAUUGUAACCAAGCCGCAGGGGAAUAGUGUCCGCGCCUUGCAAGACGAGUUCCCGGGCGGCAUCUUGCCUAGGCUGCUAGUGAAAUCAAUUGUCCAUCGACUAUUCUUUGGGCUAAAUUGGUUACAUGCAGGCGCUCGCGUUGUGCAUACUGUUAUUCAGAUAUUGACGACGAUAGAUAUACUGCCUCAGAACAUCCUCAUGGACAUCGGUGAUGACUUCACUAGCCUCAGAGAGGUUGAGGAAGAGGAGUCUCAAAAUCCGAGUGUGCCUAUUACCACUAAAGACGAGAAUGGAACUGUGUCGGGUAUUGUCUACAAAUCCCGGCCUACUAGACUGGAAUUUACAGGUAUUCCUAUUCUUACGGACUUUGGUCAGAUGCGGCAUGUAAUAGACGAUGGAGGGGAAGACCAGGGUGAGUUCAGGGACUGGUGGAUGCCUGAUCUUUACCGUGCCCCAGAGAUCCUAUUGCAACUCCCUUGGAGUUUCGCCGUUGAUAUGUGGUCUGUUGGCAUCAUGAUUCUCGAACUGAUAGAAGGCCGAAAUCUGUUUGACCCGAUUGAUCACGAGCAUAGGCAGUAUGUGUACCCGCUAGCAAUGGCACAGUACAUAGGCUACCUUGGUCCUCCUCCGCCACUGCUGAUGAGCAAAAGCCCGGUUUUAUCUCAGUACUUUGAUGGUGAUGGGAAGUAUAUUGGCGAGGCACCGAUCCCAAAGACCAGCCUCGAAGAAUUUAUCACUACCAUCCCAUCUGAGAAGGAGAAAGAGAUGUUCCUACGCUUUAUUCGAAGGAUGUUGACGUGGGAUCCGGACGAGCGAGCUACAGCAGAAGAAAUCCUCAGCGAUCCAUGGCUCAAGCUGACCCCAGAGGAGAUGCCAGGUGGGUUUGGGGUGCAUGGGUCUUAG